UGAACUGUGUGAUGAGGUGAUCAACCACUGUGUUCCCGAGCUAAAUCCAUGCAAACAUGAGUCCAAAUGUAUCUCCCUUGAUAGAGGAUUCAGAUGUGAGUGCCUACCUGGCUACAGUGGCAAACACUGUGAAACCGACGAUGAUGAUUGUGUGAGCCACAAAUGUCGCCAUGGUGCAGUUUGCAUAGAUGCAGUCAAUGGCUACACCUGUGUCUGCCCCCAAGGGUUCAGUGGACUCUUCUGUGAAAAUUCCCCACCAAUGGUUCUGCUACAGACGAGUCCUUGUGACCACUAUGAAUGCCAGAAUGGGGCUCAGUGCAUUGUAGUGCACCAUGAACCAGUCUGCCGCUGCCUGGCUGGCUUCGCUGGCCAAAAGUGCGAGAAACUCAUCACUGUCAACUUUGUUGGGAAGGAUUCCUAUGUUGAGCUGCCAUCGGCCAAAAUCCGUCCCCAGGCAAACAUCUCCCUCCAGGUAGCAACAGAUAAAGACAACGGCAUCUUAUUGUACAAAGGGGACAAUGACCCUUUGGCUUUGGAGUUGUACCAAGGACAUGUGAGGCUUAUCUAUGACACACUGACCUCUCCACCCACCACAGUGUACAGUGUGGAAACAAUAAAUGAUGGGCAGUUUCACAGUGUGGAGUUGGUUAUGCUGAACCAAACACUGAACUUGGUUGUGGAUAAAGGAACCCCCAAGAGUCUUGGCAAACUGCAGAAACAACCCACAGUCAGCAUCAAUACCCCACUCUACAUUGGAGGGAUCCCAACAUCUACUGGGCUAUCUUCAUUGCGCCAAGGCACAGAUAGGAUGUCAAAUGGCUUUCAUGGAUGUAUCCAUGACGUCCGCAUUAAUAACGAGUUGCAGGACUUUAAGGAUCUACCCCAGCAGUCAUUAGGAGUCCUUCCUGGCUGCAAAUCCUGUAACAUCUGCAAGCAUGGUAUCUGCCGGUCCAUAGAGAAGACAAGCGUUAUCUGUGAGUGUCACCCAGGCUGGACAGGCCCACUGUGUGACCAGGAAAUUGGAGACCCCUGCCUUAGUAACAAGUGUAUCCAUGGUAAAUGCAUGGCUGCCAACUUUGCUUACACGUGUAAGUGCUCAGAGGGUUAUAUGGGCAUGUACUGCAACAAGAAGAAUGACUCCUCAAACCCCUGCAGAAUUAUGAAAUGCAACCAUGGGCAGUGUAAAAUUUCAGAACAUGGGGAGCCAUACUGCGAAUGUGACCCUAACUAUAGCGGAGAACAUUGUGACAAAGAGAAUCUUUGCCAGGGGGAGAUUGUCCGAGAAGUGAUCCAUAAGCAGCAUGGCUACAGCUCGUGUGUCACUGCCUCCAAAAUUCCCCAGAUGGAAUGUCGUGGCAGUUGCAGUAAUGGGCAGUGUUGCGUUCCCCUCCGGAGCAAAAGACGGAAAUAUAUCUUUCAGUGUGUGGAUGGAUCCUCCUUCAUGGAAGAACUGGAGAGGCAUGUGGAAUGCGGCUGCUCAAAAUGCUUAUAAGCCAUUCUCCAGUCUCUUGCCACUUUAAUCGACUCAGAAGUGCUCUCAAAAUGGGACUAUUUACUUUCAGCGUGAGGAAGAAGAAGAAAAGAAUAUUAAGUAUAUUGUAAAAUAAACAAAAAAUAGAACUUAUUUUUAUUAUGGAAAGUGAAUAUUUUCAUCUUUUAUUAUAUAAAGUAUCACACCAUUUCGGGUAUAUGUAUCAUAUAGUGAGUUAUUUUUACCAUAAAACUUUUUUAACAGUUGUUAAAAAAAUUAAAAAUGUUUUUAAAAAAUAAAGAAAUCAUAGCCUAACAAAAGGAGAAAUGGGGUAAGUUUAUAAGCAUGCACGAUGGCCAAAUGUGAAGAUAUUUCAAGGACCUGCCACAAAACGAUAGAUACAGACUGAAAAAAAUAUUCUCCGAAGUUCUGGUGGGUACAAUAGGAAAGCACAUUCUCACAUCUGACAGCCAUCUCUUCUAUCUGUGCACCCUGAAAAAGUCUCCCUCACGAUUCUUACCCUUGCCUAAUGAUGCUAGUUGUGUUUGGUUCCUGUACAGUGCCUCAGCUUGAUACUCUUGAACCAGUUCCCCAAAAAGUACAUCAGUCUGGCAGUAGCCUAAGUCUGACAUUGACUCCAUUAUUCAAGUACUAUAAUAAUAUAAUGCAUUUUUGUUUUGUAUUUUGUAUUUUUAUCUGUCUUCCCAGUAUAUUCUUGAGUGACUGUAUCUCUGUAUCACGGACAACUCUAUCAAAAGGAAGUAGGGGAGAGAAUGUGGUAAACACAGUUUGGAAAGUUUUUGUCCAAAAAGGCAAAAAUAAGUGCUAAGUGACUCCAAUUAAGCACAUACUAACUACUACUUACCCUUCCUGUGUUAUUUCCCAGGUUUAUGCCUCACUGCUCUCAGCAUUGAGUUCUUUUUUGUAUAUUAAAUGUGGGGAAUACACUACAAUGAAGUUUGGCAAACCUAGACACUGCAGCUUUCAAAGUUAAUGUAUAAAUCCAUUUUAAAAGAGAGUGAAAAUAUCCCAAGAACCAGAAUGUCCCUUGCUGAUAUAUUGUACUUUAUUCCCAUUUUCAGUUAUUUCAGCCAAAAUUUUACUGCUUGCCACAGUUGCCUAUUAAUACACACUGUAUGGUACGUGGCCAACAUGCUGCUUCUCCACCUGCUACUUCUCAAAUUAGUGUAAGUUGCACUAUACGCAUGUGGAAUUCCUAUAGGUCUGCUGUCUGUCCCACCUUAACAGAGAUGCCAUCUGUUCUUAAGGAGACUCUUGAUAUUUCCACAUAGUUUUGCUCUUGCUUUCCACUGUACAGAUUGACUGAUCCACGCUAAAAACGUUUUCACCUGCACUAUUGUAUAUUCUGCACUUGUUCCUCCCGCAGGACUCCCAUUGACUUUAACAGGAACUGUGUGUGCAGAAUGAAUUCUGAAUAUGCAGCAGAGAUCCAUGUAGAUGACAGAUUCUCAGUGCGAAUCUGAGAGGUGAUUUUUACCCUUAGGGUGUUGGGGUUUUUGCCAGGGUCACCUGUUAGGGACAUUCAUUACAUUACAGAAUCCUUGAAGUGUUCUAUUACCAUGAAUUUCAAACCUCCCUGUCAAUUACUGUUCCAUUGUUUCCUUAAGUAAUUUCUCUCUCUUUCUCCCUGCAAGGGUACUGAGUAUAGUGGUCCUUUCUUCAAUGAGUAUGUUUGUGAGAAACAGCUAAGACAGAGCUUACGCCCUGAAGUUUUGUCCUGAUCCAGUGCCCAUUGAAGUCAAUGGAAUGGAUCAGGCCCUUUAAGAGCAGGGGCAGAAAGAGAGCUCAUCAGUUUAAAAAAAAAAAGUAAAUAAUUAGUGCUUUUCCCUGAAUGAGGCUUUAAAGAAAAAAAAAAGGGCAUGAAACAGAUUUCUGUCAUAGCCAGUACAAAUUUACAUUCCCCUCAGGAAAAAAACAGGCACUAUAGCAGUUACAAUGUAAAUCUUUGUCCUUUUUUGGAACCAGUAGCUCUAAGAUGCUUACAGGCCUUAUUCUAAUUAAAACCUUUUUUAUCCAUAACAGUGUAGUCAGCGUUCCUGUUUGUUUCCCAGAGUAAUUUGGGCAGGAGGGGACUGAGUGAUACAAUAGACGUCUUUCAGAAUAAAUACUAGUACAAUGGAGCCUGCAAUCAGUGAAACAUAAAACAAUCACUACUUAACGUGCCAAAAACUGAUUGAAAUAGUACAGUUAAGGAGCCAGAAAAAAACCCGGUUAUAUAUAGCAUAGGUUUCAUUUCAUUUCGAGUGAUAAUAUGUGACGCUAGAAGCAGCUGUAGUCUAUAAAGUUAAAAAAAAAAAAACCUCCCUGCCCCCCAAUCUGUAGAUUCUAAAAAUUUGCAAAAGCAACUAACUGCACACGCUUGUAUAAACAUGGCCCUGGUACAAAUCCACUAUUCUUAAUGAUACAUUCUUUCUCAAUGUAUUUUUGUAGAUGCAGUUAGCCAUCAUUUCAGGGACGACAAAUCAAGACUUGACCAGUGAAUAGCAGUGCUUCAGCGCUCUUAAUGUUUUAAAGUCUCAUUAGUAAGAUGGAUAAUUCGCUGCCAGUAAACCACCAAAGCAUUGUGUGGCAUUGCUUUCCCCGAAAAUUGAAAUUGUAGCCAAUGGUUUCAUCCAAACAGCAGCAUGACUGAGAGAAAAUAAUGUUUCCUCCCCUCCUCCCUCUAUCCCCACCUCCCAAUCUUCUGACAGAUUUUUAAAUUCUGACUCUGUUACCAAAGGCAAAAAAGCCAUCAAUGGCCGCUUAAAUGAACCGCAGACUGACGUGUAAACCAAAACUUCACAGCAAAAUGAUAAUAGCUACAGUACAGUAGGGCAGGCCCUCUUCUGUAAUCACAGUCAAGUGCUGUGACAUACAAAUAAUUCAGAAGUCCUAUUUUUUUUAAACCAAAAGAAGCAUUUUUACACAUUUCUAGACAGCAGUUGCAUGACAAUCACUGCCAUGUUUCAGAUCAGUGAUUUUACUGGCUUAAUAUGGAAGUACUUUGCUUGGUUUAAUUAAAAAAAAUUAAUGGUGCCAAAAAUAUGAGUUUAACUGAAGUGUUAAUUAGCUCUGGAAGUUUCCUCUGUAACCUACCUGUUACAGUAGAUAUCAGCUGCUGUAGGUACAAUGCAGUAGUUAUUUUUUUAACACUAUUGAGUUUUUAAUAAAGUGAAGAAAGAUGCUAACCCUGAAAAAAAAAAAAAGACUGGUGUGAAUUAGUGUAUUUUAUUAACAGACUCUCAUUGUGAUGUAAUUUUUAAAUAAAGUGUUGGGUUAUGGAAGAUCAUAACAUA